GCCUGACCACGCAGGCUAGUAGUUGCCCCAACCGCAAUGUAUCAUGGGAAUGUGAAAAUAGUGGUAUUGGGCUUGCUGUGUGUUUGUUGGAGUUCAAAAAAGCCUGGUACCUUAGUAAACAUGGCGGACGAGUGGUUGGAUGAAGAGAUUGGAUUGGGUUCUCUUCCUGCUAUCCCUCUCGCAAAUAUUCUCUCUUACCUAAACCAAAAAGAUUUAUCACGAUGCUGUUGUAUUAGUCGGAACUUUAGCGAAAUAGGGUCUUCUAUCUCUUCGUGGAAAAUCUGGUGUGAAACCGUUUGGUUGUUGGAUGUGAGUGAUCCUCUGCCCAACAAGGAAUGGAAGGAUGUUUACAUCUCACAAAAUAAAAAAUGGGGCAAAUACAUCUGCUGUUACACUGCUAUAAAAAAGGCUUGGAACCAGAUUGAAGAGUUUACUAAAGCCAACUGUCCCGACAUCUAUGCAUCUCUUAACCCAGGACUAUCAGACGAAGAACUGGACAGAAUCACAAAACGUCAUUUGGAAGGGCUCACACUUCCACUUGAUGUUCAGUGCUCAUAUCGAAUUCACAAUGGUCAGAGGCUAGUGAGUCCAGGGCUAAUAGGAUCUAUGGCUAUAUCUAACCAUUAUCAAAGUGAAUCAUUGCUUGAUUUAAGUGUGGCAACCAGUGGACUGCAACACAGAGAAGGACUUCAAAAUUGUUUACUAUUGUCCUUAUGUAUUUACACUGGUAAUGGGCAGUUUAUUGCUCUUACUGAUGAAGAAGGUCAUACACCAGGAGAGAUCUUCUGGCCAAGUCCUGAUAGAAGCAUUAUUACAGAUAGUGAUGAAAUUGCUAGUGUGAAAAUGCACAAGUUUCAUAGUGCUUGUUCCUUUACAGACUGGAUAACAGAAUAUGCRGAAAGACUCUCUCAAAAUUACUACCCUGUCAUCAAUAAAGAAAUAUUUAAAUUUGAGUAUGCAGCAUCAGCAACUACCAAAGGGAUUACUGUCAAGACAGCUACAGCAUUCUUACCAGAACUGAGCAGUGUUCAUCCACCUUUGUUUUUCUUUACUUACCGUAUUUCAAUUUCCAUGGACAAAGAUCAGUGUUCUGUGAGUAAUAAAUGUCAGCUAACAACAAGGCAUUGGUACAUUACUGAUGGAGAUGGUGAAAAGACUGAAGUUCAUGGUGCAGGAGUAGUAGGACAACAUCCAACCAUGCAGCCAGGAGCUACACAUGAGUAUGUAAGCUGUACGACAUUCCAAACACCAACAGGCACCAUGGAAGGAUAUUAUGUCUUUAAAUAUUGCUCUUUAAGUAAAGGAAAUGACACGUUUUGUGUUAAGAUUCCUGCUAUGCAUUUUAAAAGCCUUCCAUACAUAGAGGCAGAUGUACGAUUGAAUAAAAUAGGAAGAAAACAUGAUGAAAAAUAAAUAAAAACACUUAACUGGU